AUGGUCUACCAAAAUGGUCUACCAUGGUCUACCAUAAUGGUCUACCAAAAGGUCUUACUAUCAGCGAGCCAUUCCGUCUGCGUGACCAAUUCCUGCCACCAGUUAGUGGAGGUGGAGUUUGAACUUCAAAUCGGGCCGCUGGAUAGAAAACAUAAAAAUCACAAUUGCCGUGCAAGUCUGUCCUUAUCCACAGGCUCGUUGGGAUCAUAUCCAUAUCCAAGCCGUGGCUUGUUAGGAAUGAUUCCCUUCACUGUGCUAUCUCCUAUAAACGGAGACCUUGUGAUGCGGCCAGCUGUCGCUGUCUCUGUACGUUUGCACGUGCAAUAUCUAUUGUUGCUUGUUGUUUUAAUGCCAUCCUCUGUGCCUCUUCCACUUCCUCAGCUUUUGUUGGUGUAUACUCCUUACGAAAACCAGGAGUGGCAGCCUUCUCGGUGGAGUUUAUCGCCAACCUUCUCCUCGGAUGCAGCCUCCUCCUCCUCUUCACCUGACACUCAUCCUUCAGUUGAGGCGUCUGAAACGGUUCCGAGGUUUGUCCUUCUUGGGAGUGGCAGCCUUCUCCUCGGCUCUAGCAUCCAUCUUCACCAGACGGCUCGUUCUUCUCAUUCUUCUCAGGUUCCCAGUUCUGUUUGGACGCCUUGA